GAAGUUAAGAAGUCAAAUCAUAUAUUAGACAUUUAAUAUGCCUCCUCGACGCUGGAUAGACAAGAAAAAUGCGACGACGUACCAACUAUUUCACAGAUCUCAGCAAGAUCCGCUGAUCCACGAUCCUACUGCGGACGAUAGAGUGCUACACCCAGUUUACGGACCGAAACAAGGCGCACCGGCUCUUUCAACCACUGCUUCGUCGGCGUCCCACAAGACUUCCAGGAACCUAAAAGAAUUAGAAUCCGAAUUCAGCACGGAAAAUGUCCGCAAAAAUGAAGGCGAGGCCGCCAACUACGGCAUUUACUACGAUGACUCCAAAUACGACUAUAUGCAACAUCUACGAGAGUUGGGUACUGCUGGCGGCAAUUCGUACUUCGUCGAGGCGGCACCAGAUAAAGCAAAGGGCAAAGGUAAAGGAAUGAAACUGGAAGAUGCUCUGCGGGAUUUCUCUAUCGAUGAUUCACGGAGUGAAAUUGGAGGAUCUGCAAGUGUUUAUGGCUCUGAAUAUGCUCGUUCAACGGCGUCAUCCUACGUGCGAAAACCGACGUAUCAAGAUCAACAGGAUGUGCCCGAUGUGAUUGCUGGAUUUCAGCCAAAUAUGGAUCCCCGUCUCCGUGAGGCUUUGGAAGCUCUUGAUGAUGAAGCCUUUGUGGAUGAUGAAGAUGAUCAUGAUAUUUUCGGUGAACUCACGCGCAAUGCUGAAGAGGUAGAUCCCGAAGAAUUCCAAGAUACACUAUAUGAAGACGAAGAUGAUGGUUGGGAGUCAGAUGCUACAGAAAAAGCAUAUCCUCAGACAUCAGACACGAAAACCGCCGGCCAGAAUGAUAACGAAGCAACUGUUGCACAACAACAUGAUCCCUCUGAGAUGCCGGAUCACGAUAAACCAGUCCCAGAUCUAGCACCAGAAAAUGCCGAUUGGAUGCGCGAAUUUGCAAAAUUCAAGAAAGAAGGCAAGACAUUAAACAACACACCAGCUGCAAACCCGGAUGCAGGAACCGAGAAGCACACAGUCGCCUCCACACUGUUCACAGUCGGAGGAACUCCGAUCCGCAAGAAGAAGCGCAAAGGUGCAUUGACAAAUCCAUCUGCAUAUUCCAUGACUUCAUCUGCACUAGCAAGAACAGAAGGAUUACGGCUUUUAGAUGACCGAUUCGAGAGAGUCGAAGCACUCUAUGCCCUUGACGAGGAAGGUGAAUACGAUGACGCCAGCUGUGCCGAUGGCGCUUCAAUGAUCAGUGGUAUGACUGGCGCCACUGGAAUGACCGGAAUGUCUGCCGCUUCAUCCCAAGCGCCUAGUCUGGUCUCCAGAGGUGGCGACUAUAGUAAUGCCCCUCUACCAAGCAACUUUGAUAAUGUCAUGGAUGAUUUCUUAUCUGGCUGGCAAGAUCGGAGUAAGCAAGCGAAGCGCAAGGGUGCUAAAGGGAAGAGAGGUAAAAAUGGUAAUGAGGUUUUGGGUAUUGCAAUGUUGGACGAGAUUAGGCAAGGCUUGGGGCCUGCCCGAGUUCCUGCUCGUGGAAAAGCAUAGUGUUAAGAAGAAAGCGUAUAUACCUGUUGAUAGUUUGACGAUUAAUGCACCAUGUCUUCUUCUCUGCC